GGGCUACCAUCAGCCAUGAAGGGCUCCCACUCGCAGGCCCAGGCGGCAAGCCGCCGGCGGCGUUGUGCGUGGCUGCUCCCGCUGCUCGUUGGCGCCGCUUUCCUCGGCGAGAUCGCGUUCCUCGGCCGCAUCGACUUGUCCAAGAACGCUGCGGCGGUCGAGAGCUGGACUACCUCCUUCUACCGCCGCUCCGCGAACUCGGGCGAGGACGCGCUUCCGGGUGGUGGGGACGGCGAUGACGACGAGAUCCGCCAGUGCGUCGAGCGGCUCGAGAGGGAGGACGCCGUGCCCUACGACCGCGAUUUCGAAAAGGACCCUGUCCUCGUCGGCGGCGCCGCUAAGGAUUGGAAUAAAUGUUCCGUAGGGUGUGAUUUUGGGUUUCCAGCUAGUAAGACACCUGAUGCUAGUUUUGGAAUGGUCUCGGAUCCCUCCGUAAAGAGUAUCCUCAGAUCAAUGGAAUCGUCUCAUUAUUAUUCAGAGAACAAUAUUAAUGCGGCUCGAGGGAGAGGGUACCAAAUUGUGAUGACAACCAGCCUUUCAUCAGAUGUGCCGGUUGGCUACUUUUCAUGGGCUGAAUAUGAUAUCAUGGCACCCGUUCCUCCAAAGACUGAAGAAGCCUUAGCUGCAGCUUUUAUUUCCAAUUGUGGUGCACGCAACUUCCGUUUGCAAGCCCUCGAGAUGCUUGAAAGUUUAGAUGUAAAAAUCGAUUCUUAUGGUAGCUGCCAUCGUAAUCAUGAUGGCAAAGUGGACAAAGUGGAGACUUUGAAGCGCUACAAAUUCAGUUUGGCUUUUGAGAAUUCUAACGAGGAAGAUUAUGUUACAGAGAAGUUUUUCCAGUCAUUGGUAACAGGGGCCAUUCCGGUUGUCGUUGGUGCACCAAAUAUUCAAGAUUUUUCUCCAGGAGAAGGAGCAAUAUUACACAUUAAGGAGCUUGAUGACGUUACUUCAGUUGCUAGGACCAUGAAACAUAUUGCAUCAAAUCCUGAUGCUUUUAAUCAAUCUUUGAGGUGGAAGUAUGAUGGUCCAUCUGAUUCGUUCAAGGCACUUAUUGACAUGGCAGCGGUUCAUUCAUCCUGCCGCCUCUGCAUACAUAUCGCUACGAAGAUUCAUGAAAAAGAAGAAAGGACUCCAAAAUUUAUGAAUCGCACAUGUAGUUGUUCCAGCCAAAAAGGAACAGUAUACCACUUAUUUGUUAGAGAGAGAGGGAGGUUUAAGUCGGAAAGCAUUUAUCUAAGAUCAAACAAAUUAACUUUAGGAUCUUUGGAGUCUGCCGUACAUGCUAAAUUUGGAUCCAUCAACCAUGUUCCUGUAUGGAAGGAUGAAAGGCCAUCAAGUAUUCGAGGUGGGAACGAGUUAAAGGUGUACAAAAUUUAUCCAGUUGGUCUUACAGAACGACAAGCAUUAUACAACUUCAAAUUUAGUGAUGAUGCUGAACUUGCCAGAUACAUUAAAGAUCAUCCAUGUGCAAAGUUUGAGGUAAUUUUUGUAUAGCUACAAUAUAGCAAUUUUUGCGUCCUUUGGCAACCCCAAACUAGUUCUGUCUUUUGUGUGUACUGAGUUUCUGCUGUAUUGUAAGUUAGGGCUACGUAGCAAACAGGUUCAUGUUUGUGUAACGUCAGUCGUGAUGCUAAAUCACAACUUUGUAGGCGUUGGGGUACACAGGCUGUAAAUUUCCAUUGACAGGCAAGCUGUUAUAUUUGGGCCUUUUGAGAAACAGUUUCGAGAAUACUUUUGAGAAA